AAUUCGAGAAGUUAUGGUUUUAGUAUCAACUUUCCAGUUUACUGCUUACCUGUGAAGACAAAACUAGCGUUUUACGCAGAAUUGAAGGUAAUUUGUAGGAAACCAAUCACUCCAAUGCAGCAUGCUGGAGGCCUUCACCUUGCAAAAGAAGCGCCAAAACAGCUGUCUAUGUAAUCGCGAAUCUAAUUCUUCCAAUGUUUCCUUAACACUUCAAGGCUGUGGUUUUGCGAAGUGCAAUGAAACUACACAUAGUAUUUACUGAGCUCGUGGAUACAUCUUUUUCAUUCAGAUAAAUAAUUAUUUAAAUCUUCAAUGCUGCUUUGCAAGCCUGUUAUAAUUAUAUGCUCUGGUGCUCUCAUCAGUGGUCGGUUCGAAAAUAAGGAAUUAAGAGACGGAUUAGUAAAAAUGCAACAAAACUAUUUUUUCUUUGGAAUCCAUUUUUUUUUCUUAAUGGCGGAUUUUUCUCCAAAAAAGGUUCUUUCAGAAAUAUGCUGCAUCAUCAUUAUAAAUGUGUACAUACCUAGGACAGACCCCGGGGUUAUAAUUAUAUGCGGGUAUGUGCUCUCAUCAGUGGUGAUUUUGAAGAAAAUUUAGGAAGGAAGGCGUUUUUAGAACGGGAGACGCCAUUUGAAAUUAUUCAAGGACAGAUUGCUUUUAAAAAAAUGGCGUUAACAAGCAAACUGUUGUACUCUUGUUUUCUAGAACGGAGUAUAAAAAAUUGGCCCAUUUUUUUUCUUAAUAGGCGGGUAUAAAAAUUUUUCUAGAACGGGGUAUCAAAAAAUUUUUUUCAGAACGGGUGCCAAUUUGAGUCCCAUCAUCAUUAAAAAAAUGUGUACAUACCUAGGACAGACAUAUAAUUAGAAAUGGUAAAAGGACUCAAUUUAGUACAAGUCAGGGAGUUAUAGGGCGAGUAAUUUCAAAUCAGGUGAGAGCGAGGCACAAGUCCAGUUGAGUAUCGUUGUUUAUGCGAGCUUGCAAAGCAGGCGUAUUUUACUUCGCAGUCCAAGAGUGAUGAUUCUAUUGUUGUGACCAACUCUCCUCUCCAUUAUGGAUGUUGAAACUGACAGAGGGAGAGGUUGAUCCACCCCUUCUCCCUUAGUUUUUAAAUUUCUUUCAAGAUGGCAGUUGUGGGAGAUGGAGUGGGCUUUUGUAACAUUUUCUUCUGGAAUGAUCUCUGAAUCUUAUUUAAUCUCCUCAAGAGCCAAAACUUUCAAUUGCAGAAUGAGAAGUUUCAGAACUCUCUAAUGUUACUGCAUUGCACUGUGCUAACUGUCAUUUGCAGUGCAUCAUGGGAACUUGGAUCUGCACUUAAGGGUUGUUUUGAAGACAAUAGUGUUAUGCAACCCUUUUCUAUUUUGAGAUUUAAGUGAAAGCAAGUUAUUACUUUUGUCACUGUAAAGUUCAUAACAUAAGGAAACAGCACCCAAUACCCUACCCUGAGUAAAUCUAAAUCUAAAUGUCUGAUCUGCAACUUGCAGUACAGCCCAUAGAUCUGCAGGUGUAAUAAUAAACAUAAGAAUUUCUCAAUCUCCUGGCCCAUCCUCUGGAAGAUGUAUUUUCUCCCAAAUACCCUUCAUUUCCCCCUAAUCCACACCUUGUCGUAGGGUUGGGGGGAUAGGAGAAGAGUGGUUUACAUCGACCCUUGUUUUGCAUUUAAGCCACUAGAAAAUUCCCAAGAUGCAAUUGCCAUGGUGUACAAUCAAUAAUCAAGAAAGGGUUCUUUUUUGUUGCUUGUUAUCACUGUGUCAUGCUUUCAUCUUCAUCAUUGGUGAUCAAGAUUAAUUUAGUAGAUGGAAGUUUCAUUGCUUUAAUUUGUUACUAAAAUAUACCUUGUUGUUUUUUUUCACAGGAUAGAGUAAAUUUACAACCAUCAGCUAUCACCAUGAUUUGUUCUCAUUAUUGUGAUUUUAAUGAAACCUUAACAAGUCAUACAUCCACGGAUUCUGGCUUGCCAAGAUGCAUUAUGGGCACUGUUCCCCCUGCCGUUCUUCUCUUCUUUAUCUUCUUUCUAUUUCUGCUUCAACUGUGGAAAAAAAGAAAGAUCCGUGCCGAAAGUAAUCGACAUACUUUGUUAUCUGAUGAGGAAUCGCCAUCUGUUCAGGAAAUUGUAAGAGAAGAAUUCAAGACAGGUAACUCCGUAUUGAAUUGUAAGCGUCUUGAUGGACAUUGUGACUUUGAAGACCCUUCCGUGCAGUUUAUUGCAAACCCCUCCUAUUUAAUCCAUGGAGACAAUCGCACAUCAUUUUUGUUCACAUUUCACCAGUUCUUACACAUCAUCCUUUUGUUUAUUCCUGUUAUUGAUAUCAUAACCAAGGCUACCAUUGCGCCUGACAGAAUACAAGGAUAUGUCAUUGUUAAUGACACUAGCAUGUUCAUUACUUGGAUGUUAGCAUUUUUUGCUCUGCGCACGGAGUGUGCACUGUAUUUUAAGGCUCACAUUAGCAGGCAUUCCCUUGGAAUGCUCAUGUUCUGGACUCUGGCAUUUGUAAAGGAGAACUUGUCCUUCAUCUCGUGGCACAAUCCUAACUGGUGGUUUGGCCGGAAUACAAGGAUCCACGAAGCAGAAUUUGGUUUGUUUGUGUCACGUUAUACCAUCAUGGCUCUGAUCUUUCUGUUUGGAAUGUUGGGACCAGGGCUUUAUCGUCCACCCAUAUCACAAGUAUCAGUCACAGAAGAACCAACAUUUCUGGAAGGAUCUGCGGUAGGGAAAAUUCUUUCUGUGUAUUCUACUUCAUUCUCUCUUCAUGCGAGAAACCAAUACAGUAAAAUAUACCAUGGCAAAUAUUCAACCUAUUGCAAAUAGGUAGCUGAAAGACUUAAGGUCGGUACACACCAGGCAACAAGUUGAAGCAACAUGUCACGGCAACAAAUUGCUUCAUUUGUGUACUAGAGAAUUUUUGUGAAAAUCUUUGUCUCUGCAACAGAAUUUUUUCACAGUAACAUGUUGCAAAAACUCAAAUCAGACAUAAUUUGUGUGACUUUUUGCAGUGACAAAAUUCUGUUGCAGAGACAAAGAUUUUCACAAAUUUAUUUCUUCAGUACACACGAAGCGAUUUGUCGCUGUGAUGUGUCACCACAACAUGUUGCUGCAACUAGUCACCAGACCUGUACACACCGAGUGAUCUGUCUCUGCAACUUGUCGCCUGGUGUGUACUGACCUUUGAGAACCAUUAGUUGCUGGUAACCGGCUUUUUUGGCAGGCUACUGCAGUUAAAUCAGCCGGCUACUUAAAGUUUCUAAAUAAGUCAAACAUUACAAACACUGGAGAAUUUGUAGGAUAAAUGACCGAUUGCUUUUCCUAAGAGACCGGCUAUUUGAAACUUUAAUGACAGCCCUGAGCCAACCUGAGUAUACCAAGCACGGCAUGUCUUAGUUAUUUUAUUGUAAUUUUUAAAAGGUCUGGGAGUAGAGAUACACAGUAUUUUUAUGUUCUGCAACACUCACCAGUUGCUGAUCUUAUUCUUUAAGGCAACUGACCGCCGUGGACAGUCAGCCUUUAAAGGUAUCUGGCACAAAACAAAGAUGUUGUGGCCCUUCUUAUGGCCUGCAGACAGGUAAUAAUAAUAAUAAUGAUAAUAAUAAUAAUACGUUACACAUAAUAAUAAUACAUCCAUUAAGGUAGUCGAGGAGCUCUCUUAGUAUAAAGACUUAGAGCUUGAAACUGCCAGAAUGUGGAAAAUGGAAACAGAGACAAUACCAGUUGUCAUUAGGGCGCUUGGGGUCAUUAAGAAGGGACUGGAAAAGUACGUUGACACAAUUCCAGGAACAACUGGCAUCAGCAAGCCCCAAAAAAUCACUCUUCUGGGAACAAACAGUCCACAUCGUCAGAAAGGUCCUGUCAAUCAAGUAAACUCUUUGGUACUCAAGGUCCAUGGUUUGGACUCAGUGCUUCUGAGACUAAACAACCAAGCCAAGGAUUACAAUAAUUCCACGAUAAUAAUAAUGAUGAUGAUUUACACUGUAUAAUAAUAAUAGUUAGCCACAUUUGAAAGCUUGUUUUUCAUUAAUGAACAGCACAAUCAAUUCAACUGGGGCCACCCAACGUUAUUCAGCUGUAAUUUGUUACAAUAAUAUUUCUUGAUGACUAGGGCCUCUUGAAUUGAUAUUUUGUUGUUAAAUAAUAUAUUUUUUACCCAGGGAGAAGAUGGGCGAAGAGAUUUUUGUGUCAGUAUUCUGAAAACCACACGGUCAAGUCUUUCCCUUGUUUGUUUUUGUAGGGGCCUUCAAGUAAAGGUGGUUGUAUGCUUUCUUCUCCUGGGGGCAGGACGUGCUGUUAAUGUUCUUGUCCCUUAUAUGUACAAAAUAAUAGGUGAGUUCCAUUAUUACUUAUUGUCUAAUGAUUUUAUUCUGAGCAAAGUUUGGUGUCUUGCCUCGUUAGGUUUAUAAAUUUGUUGCACACGCAGGGCUCGCCUCGCGUGUUGAUCGCACAGUGAGGCAGAAACUCGAGAUGCAAAUAUUUCUAUAGUUCUCUUGGGUGUCCGCAGUUGACGUCAUCCAGUUAUGACGUCAGAUGUGUGGAGGAGUGGUCAAGGAUCAAUUUUCACUGAUAGCAAAUUCAGAGGGAGCAAGUUCAAAUCCCGGCAAAGCCAUACUUUUAAAAUUUGGAAUUUUUUUUUUGUUUUUUGAUCACUUUUUUCCCCUUUGCUUGUUUCCCUUUAUUAUCACUGCUGAUCCUUUAAAGCUUCGUGAGAAUUUUGUGGUAGUGUAUUUCUAGUUUAUUUUUAACCCAAUCACCCGCUGGAGAUUUUGCCGAAAAACUCCUCUUAAAGCUUGUCGAUUGGUUUUCUGGUCACUGUCAUGCUGUUAAGAGCUAAAACUUACCACAAAGCCGUUUGCAGGUUGUACACUUCAUGGCCUUCUGAUCCAGUUGCAAAAUACCAGCUUGCGAAGUUUGGUUGUGUGCAGAAAGCAAAAUUUGGAGAUACCUCCCCUCUUUUUUCGCUUUUCUUGCCUCAUUUUUGUUUCCUUUUGUUGGGCUUUUAGUAGGCUUUAUUUUGGUGGGAAAAGUUUUUAGGAAAGCUUUUAGGAUCUUAGGAUUAGGUGAAAGAAAAGGUAGGUGGGUUGUGGAACAAGAUUUUCAUUGCAAUUUUUAGGUCAAUGUUACAUGUUUUUUGCCGUUUUCUCCGGUGUUCUUGACUGAAUUGUACUCAUUCUGGUAUGGAUUGAAAGAUCUCUUCACUCUGCACACGUUAGUGGACAAAGUUGUCCUUGACCAUUAAAACUGGUGAUGUCAGAAGCGGUAGAAGGGACAUGGAUCUACACAGGGGGUUACAGGCGGCUCAGGGACGAAUGAGUUAAUAACGUGAAAUUUUGAAUUCAUUUAAGUGGAGCUAGAAAGCAGAAGCCAAGUGUGGAGAUUGAUGGUAACAAACAUGAGAGUAGCAAAUACCACCAGCCCCUGCUGACCCCACCCUUGGGUGGGAUGAGUAGGGGCUGAAAUAUUACCUUUAAAAUACUGACUCACUAGGAAACUUUGCAGUCACAUUCUGCUGAAUUGUGAUUUUUUGGAGCUAGAAAGGAGAUGACAAGUAAACAAACUUGAGAGUAGCAAAUAGCACCAUCUCCUAUUGAUUCCACCCUUGGGUGGGAUAGUUAGGGAAUCAAAAAUUACAUUUAGAGUAUUUGCUCAACAGGAAACUUUGUAAUAAAAUUCUGCUGAAUUGUUAACUAUUGUGUUAUGGUUUAUUGAUGGGACUGUCUGGUAAAGGAAGGAUUAAGUUAAUAAGACUUGACCUUAAUUAUCUCUGAACGUUUCCUGUUUUCUGUCAUUUCAGUUAACCGCCUUACACCAGGAAGCAUUGCACUCUCUGAUCCCUGGCACCUGAUUCUGAUUUAUGUGGCACUAAGGUUUUUACAGGGUGGUGGCACUGGAGGGAUUGGGUUACUGAACAACAUAAAGGCUUUCCUGUGGAUAAAGAUCCAACAGUUUACCAGUAGAACUCUUCAAGUCCGGCUUUUUGCACAUCUCCACAGGUAUAGGUCUUGUCAUAAAGUUUGAAUGAAAAAAUGUACACAGUUUUAGCAUAAUAUUAAUGAAUAAUUUUUGAGCUGGCUUGAGGCUUUCAAACCUAUUUCCCUUUGCUUUAGCUAUUAUUUUGUUGAAAGUUGACUUUAAAUUUUUUUAAAAGAACAAUUUUCCAAAUUUCUGUUUGUCAAGACACUUGGCACUCUGUUGGCAUCUACCAUUUGCGUUUGUUUAAUAAAGGCAUUCCCCUCACAGGAGAAGUCAAGGAACGAUGAAAAUUGGGUUAAGGCCAGCUCUUGUCAGGGGAAACAGAAAAAUAACUCUCAAAGAUGAUGAUGAUGAUGAUAAAGUUAUAUAAAAUAUAAUACAUGUAUAUUAUAUGUAUUCAAUGUAGAUGCAUUUUAGCUUUUUGAAAAAGUUUGCAAAUAGCAUGAGUAAUAAUUAUAGAUGUUGUGGUUCAAAUUUAUUCUUAGUUUAAAUUUUAUUUCCUUUUGUUUUCUGGUAUGGUAAUGUAUGAUAAUGAGUUUAAAACAAAGGGAAAUAAAAUUUAAACCAAGGAUAAAAUUGAACCACAACGUAUAUAAGAAACAGAUUUACAAAAAUUAAAUUUGGUAAAAGUAAGUGUUUUUAUCUCAAAGUGUUAAUCUUUGUGAGAUUUUCAAUGAUCCAGAUCAGGAUUUAUGAUCCCAGAUCACUCAGGUCAUGUUGCAUCAAAGGUCCCGCUGAAUCUGUGUCCAGAUGACUUUUGUGGUAUUUACUUUGAUUUACGAUGAUCGGAGUGAUCCUGGAUCAGUAGUGUUGGUCUGGAUCAUUCCAAGAGAAUGCACCCUUUGAUUAUCAAGUAUACAUUGAUUUUCUAAGAACUAGCAUUACAAUUUAAAUAUUUAAUUGAAAUUUGGCCAAAAUAAAUUUUGCAUCUCGAAGGAUUUAUCUUUGUGAGCUUUUCCUAACCUUAUUGAAGGAUUGCUCGCUUUGACUUCAAUAUUUUCAGCCUGUCACUUAGCUGGCAUUUGAACCGUAAAACUGGAGAAGUGAUCAGAAUGGUGGACAGAGGUGCCAACAGCAUUUACAACCUACUGAAGUAAGUUACCAACUUUUUUGGCUUAAUUCUUCUAGUCUGGUCAAAGUAAAGCUGCUAUAUUUGAAAGUAUGGUAUAUCAGUAAUAAAGGAUUAAUGGUUAAAUUUGUCAAAUAAAUUUGUUGAGUCAAUUUAUUAAUUUAAAAAUUUAAUUUAAAAACAAUUGUAGAUUCAGUGUUCUCACCAGGCUGCAGCCUAGUGGGAUUCCUGCAAGAAAAUCUGAGAUGGCGCAUAAAAAGCCAAGAAGAUGCGCUCGUUAGGGCGUAGGGGUGUGCUACGAGUCAAACAGACGUUAGAAAAUCUACAGUUACGUAGUUUUAAUGGUCAAUGCAACAACCCAUCAUUUUGCUUGGUCCAAUGAAUAAAAAACAUGAUAUCAAAAGAUUCAAAGUCUUUAAUUUUAUUUCCUUAACUUUCAUUGUCACCACGUACAUUGCGAAGAUUGGUGCAUGCAUGGUUAUCGAAUCAUAAACACCCCAUCCACCAUAUUGGAUCAGGUAAGUACUUCAAGUAACAGAUUUUUUGGAGUGCAGGCUCCCUAAUGUUCUUACAGGGCCCCUAUUUCUCCUCAGAGGGGGCCCUGGGACUCCCCAAUGCAAAAUCCUGGUGAGAACACUGUAUAUUAUGAUGUCCCUGAUGAUAUCUCUCAAAAGGUGAUGUACUUGGACCAGUUCUACUUUUCAAUUAUAAUAAUUGCAUCUGCCUCAUUCUAUAAUAAAAUUUCAAGUGGAUUUAAUUGGAAAGUUUCAGGAACAAGUCAACCAAUCAUGUCUAUGGUUUGAAGCAUCUUGGAAAGGCCUUAUAUUUACUGUAGCAGGAAUUUAUUGAUUGAGCAGAGAGAACUUUAUGUUGUUUUCCAAAACGUGCAUGACUGUUCUUUGACUCUUUUGUAUUUUUAGCUACCUUUUGUUUAAUAUUGUCCCUACCUUUGUUGACAUUGGAGUGGCUAUUGUCUACUUCAUCGUUGCUUUCAAUGGCUGGUUUGGAUUACUUGUCUUCUUAACCAUGUUUCUUUACAUAGGUAAGACUGAUUAGUAUUUGCAGUAUUAAAAAUAAAUGAGUACAAAACUCAAUAUUCCAUUCUAGAGUCAAUCAUUUAACUCCUUUUUCUCAUUUUAAAAUUGUGUAGAUUGUGCAAUUAGAUCAAUGAAUCAAUUAAUAUAAAUGUAACUGUGGAACCCAGAAAACCAUGAACACUGGAAGUAUUUCUGCAAUCGUUAUUUUGUUGCAAGGAGAAAGCCAAUUAAGCGUGAGAAAACUAAGCCGGCAAGCAACAACAUUGUGGUUUGUGGCUAGCUCACGUGUCCUGAACUUUGCUGUGAUGGGCAUAACAUAAAUAUUCAUGAAAUGUUUUGAUGAUAAAAGAGAAAGAAUCACUUAAAAUUUUAUUUUUUUUUUUGUUUCUAAGGGUGUACUAUUCACCAUUUUCACUUAAACCAUAUUGCACCUUGUUAACCCCCCUCCCCCCCCCCGCCCCCGAAAAAAAAAAUUGCAUAAACAUUGUUUCCAGUUUCUCUUGGGUAUUUCAGUCAUUGCAAGAGAAAUCAAAGGCAACAGUUAUGCAAAAUUUUGGGGGGUAAACAAGGUGCAUUGUGGUCAAUGUGAAAAUGGUGAAUAGUAUACCAUCUAAAAAGUGGACUGUCGUACUUAACAUUCUAACUUGUUCACCGCCAGAGUGAAUGAUGAAGUGUCCUGAGGUGGUUUAUCGUUUACGCCUGUAGACAAACAUCUACGAUAUGGCCAGAAAAGUAAAACCACCUCAGCAGUACUUUCACAUAGUGUUACUUGUUUUUGGGCAUUUUUACAAAAUGAAAUUGAGAAGUUUUUUGUCAAACUUGGACUUUGGUUACCUUUGGCAGUUAAAUGGUUAAAAACUCCUUGUGAUGCUACAUUUUAAUGCCAUAAUUGAUAUCAGGGCAUUGUCUUAAAACACUUCAUUUAUUAAUUUUGUUAUGUUCUCUCAGUUGCCACUGUGUCGAUCACUGAAUGGCGAACAAAGUACCGGCGGGAGAUGAACGAGAAAGAUAACCGUGCCAAGGCUAAAGCUGUAGAUUCUUUGCUGAACUUUGAAACUGUAAGCACUCAAUCGAAUUUUUUUUUUUUUUGCAAGUUGCCUUUUUGUGUUCUACAUCAGCAAAAACUUUGCUAACAUGUUACAUUGUAGGCUUGUGUUUGUGAUUAUGGUGAUCAGUAGUUGAUGUUAUUACUUUUGUGAAGGGUUUUUGGCUUUUAAAAUAUGCCAAAGGGAGCCCAGUGCUCUGAAUCUGUCAAAUCCAGGCUACCCAUGAUUUUUAUGAAAAGUAAGAUUUUUUUACUAGUUGCCCACGCACAAAGUUAAGGUAUUAGGGGCCACCAGGCAUGGCUAGAUCAGAGCCCUGACUUUAUCUUUUGAGUCUGUGGAAAAUAGCCUAUGAUGUUUCCAUUCAAAUGAAACCUCAUGGGCAGAACUUUGCAUAGUAUUUAAUAUUUAAAUCUUGGAAUCUAACUUUAACAAAUUUGGACUUUUUCCUUUGGAUGGGGGCGGGGGCGGGGGAUUGGUUACUUUAGCCACAAUUAGGUGUGAAAGGGUUGGCCAUUCUUUUUCAGGUGAAGUAUUACAGUGGAGAGGACUUUGAAGUGGAGAGACUUGAUGAUGCAAUUAAGGACUAUCAGGUAUAGAGUUGUGUGUGUGCCUUUUUACUUCCACAUGCCCUUUCCUUCUUUUUAAUUUCCUCAAUUUUGCCUUUUGAAAGAUUCGAUGACUAGCAGGGCUUGUAAGGUGUAUUCAAUCAGUGUUUAGAGGAGAGGAAGAUGAGAAUCAGCAGUUUAUUAUUGUGUUUUCAGCUUGUCAUGGGCUGUACUCACUAAAUGAAAUGUAAUGCAGUUAACAACAAGGAGGCCCUCGCUUACUGUCGGUCAGCUGUCAGUGCAUAGGCUCAAGCAUGGUCGGCCUUGCUUGCAGCUCCACAUGCUUUGUACGGCGUUUCUUGGCCGCUACUGGCUUUGUUUAGCUUUUGGAUUUACUCCCAUCCCUCUUCCCACCUUUUAUUUUUCCACUGACAAAUCAGUGUGACAGGUGCCUGGUUCCAUUGGUGUGGGGGCUCAUAGUUAGAAGGUGCAGGUUUACCAACCAUUGGGGUGUAACUCUGUCUAUUGGCUGGCUUUGUCAAAAGUGGAAGCCCGUGGACAUCCAGGGCACCCACCUCCACUAAGCGGAGCUCCAGUUGUUAACACAGGAUUAUUUAGUUUGUUUUUAAUAUGGUUGACUUGAAACCAAAAAAUUAAAUUUGGUUUUUAGAUGACAGUACUCAUUGUGAUGAUCUAUAUUGGGCUCUGUAGCAAUAAUAUUAUUUAUGGUGAAAGAAAUGUGCAGUAAGUAAAAAUGCAAAAGGCUAAUUUUUAAGUUGAGUACACAAUAAUACUGUGCUUGUUUACCUUAAAUGGUUCUCAUAUGCCGCUGAUCUACCUGCUACCUGGGGUACUGAGGCGAUAUAAGAACAGGAGUCGCCAGCAACUGAGGUCAUGACAGUCUUUAUAGCCGGCAUGCCUGUGAUGAUGACUUGUGUUCAACUUCGCGGGCAUGCCGGCUUAGGUUUGCUAGGUGUCUUGUUCCUAGCAGCACAUGUUGCCAUAUCGCAGAACAGUUUCCAUGUUGCAAGUAGAUCUGCAGCAUAUGAGAACCACACCUUAUGAUUUUACAUUACAAUGCUUUUACUUAUCUUGUUGGAUUCUUUGAUUUUCACUUUUCUUUCAGAAUUGUGAGUGGGAGACCUUUGCAUCUCUUGCACUGCUGAACACUGCUCAGAACACUGUAAUUACUGCUGGUCUUUUGGCUGGAACACUCUAUUGUGGCAAGCUAGUUGUUGAUGGAAGUCUAGGGGUAAGUACUGGCAAUAAGAUUCCAGCCAUGUGUCAGGGCUCGAAAAAACAAUAAUAUUUGAAUUCCAGCUUGUCCUUUGGGCAAGAAGCUCUCUCAUUUUGCUUUAUGAAGGCCAUUUCUUACUUGUCAUAGUUGAUGAUUUAGUUAGAGGAUAUCUGGCCCUACCUUUCAUGGUUCGUACAAUCUUGAAAAGGUCUUGAAUUUUUAGUAUUUGUCUUGAAAAGUCCUUGAAUUUGGUUAAAGUUUUUGAAAAGUACUUGAUUUCUUUAAAAAGGUCUUGAAAAAUCCUUGAAAUUCACUUCCUUGCUUAAAAACAUUUUUGUGCAUGAGUACCUCAGAUGCAAUUGCAAGUCAUACAGGGCAGUCAUUUUUCAAAGCAUUGUUGCGGAAAGUAGUGUAAAAUAAUGUGAUCGUGAAUGACUCCAUGACGUGUUUUUACCAAUAAGGUGUUCAAAAGUUGGUUAAAGGAGGAGUGUCACAAGUUGUGAUGGCUAUUUGUAAUUUAAACAAGUGGUUAACCUUACAACAAUGUAGCCAGCCGUUUUGCGUCUUAUUUCUGUGAACUAUGGUUGCCCCUCAAAUUUACUGUAGAUUAUGUGUUACUUUCCACUGUGGCUUUGCACUCUUCCAGUGUUAUUCAGAUCUGUGCUCUUGCUGCUAAAUUACUGUAAAUUCUUUAGCUCGACCCUCUCUUCCCCAAAUGUAACUUAUCUUUUUUACUGUAUGAGGGAGAUAGCGAGCAAGCUCGGCAACGGGGCAGGAAAAGGAAGGAGAGCUUGCAAUUAUGUCUCUGGAAUUUGGAUAGCUACGUCAAAAACGUCGAUGCGAAAUGCUGAUUGGCGAAGAUGACAUUAGUAAUGACAUCAUUACCCUUGGCACAUGUUUUUCAAUGUUUGUUUACAUUUGCAAUCGUUUCCACUUCCCGGGUCAUGUCAGGUCAGUCGACGGGGAGCCACAGGAGAAUUGGAGGUGGAAUUCAAAUUCCAGAGAUGUAGUUGCAAGCUCUCCUUCCUUUUCCCACCCCACCACCAGAGUGCCCCGGAGAGCUUGCUCACAGGCUAAUCUUUUCAGUUCAUUUGCGAGAAAUUCCACAGUGGGGGUCUCUAAAGCCAAACUUUGUAACUGAACUAGAAUUUUCUGAGAUGUGUUGGUUCUAAACCCAAACCAAUGGAUAUCUUGUUCCAGAGCACCAUGAGUUUUUCUAUGCACUGUUUUUCUGCAGGUUGGAGAUUUUGUUCUGUUUGUGACAUACACCACACAGCUGUACAUACCCCUUAACUACUUUGGAACUUACUACAGGUAAGAGCUUGGGAUGUGUCGACAAAAAUUGGAAUAAGAGAGAUUUUUAAGAGUCAUUCAUGCAUCAUUUUAGGAUGUAGAGGCUUUUAAAAAGAAUACUAGUUCCAAGGGACUGUCUUGGGCAAUUUGCUAUCUUUUUAAAAGGCUAAAAGUACUUGUCUUCGCAUCAAUUGAAUUCCAAAAAGAAUGGUCCAGUUUUGUUAUUUAAAACUAUAAUUUGGCAUUGAAACUGUUUCCUGUCGUCUGUUGCUACAGGUGGCAAGGAUGGACACGGAUUAAAACGCUGUGCUAAUUUUUUCAGGUUUUAAUACUGCGCCUUAAAAAAUAACCAAAAAAUACUGUGCUUAAUGCUCUCUUGUGAAAUUUGAUUCAUUGAUAUCUUCCUCUUAACUCUACAGGAGAAUUUUGCGUAUGUGUAAAGGCACUUAUAAUAAUGACUUCAGCACAGAAUUGACCUAAAACACCAAUAUCCUCGUGACAUACCCCUUUUAGCAUUGUGUUCAAGUCAACCGGUACGGCGGAUGGAGCUUUAUUUGGGUUGUAUCAAGACGAGAGAACUGGCUUAACAUUUGUUACUAAGAAUACUUAUUUCUUUCACCUUGUUUUAGGAUGAUUCAACAGUCUUUCAUUGACAUGGAAAACAUGUUUGACUUGUUUCAGCAGAAAAGACAGGUGUGUAGGUGAAAAAUAAUAUCAUAAUGUAAUCAUUUAUAUUACAGAUAAUUUUCCUACUGGUAAGGUAGGUUUCAGCUUUAUCCCUUGGUCAAUUUUUGACUUUUUUGAAUGGUUAUUUUUCAUGUUAAUGGGUAUAAAAUUAAGAAAACAGUUACAAGCAAAGGCCUUUUCUGAAUAAUGUGUCUGUGUUAGUGAGCCAUCAGCUAUUAUUGACUUCUUAGUAAUGGCCCCUAAAUUUAAAUGUUAUUAGUGGAUGAGGUUUUUGUGAUAUCCAGAAUAAUCAAGGUCGAGGUAAGUGUUAUCAGCCAAAAGCUGAAGCCUGAGAUCUUGAUUAUUUAGGAUAUGACAAAAACCGAAUCUAAUAAUUGUUUUAUUAUACAUUGUUUUGAAGAAAAUAACAACACCGUCGCAAAGAACUGAAUUGACAUAGCUUUGGAAAUCAUGCAUUGCUCACGCAACCUACAGAUUGGUCUGUUAUCUGCUGGCAGAGAACGAAAGUAAUCAUGAGGUUGUGCUGAUUUCCAAAAUUACCUGUAGGCUCUUAGCCAAUGCGAAAACAGAUAUGUACAUACAGCAUGCCAAGAUCGAAUCACCUUGACCGAGCUAGCUUUGUCAAAUGAAAAAGAAAGAUUUGCUUCAUUUUUCCAACUGGCAAAGCUAGCUUUAGAAUAAAUACCCAUUUUUGGUCUUUUUGUUGUUGUUCCUGUUUGCAAUCUAUAAAUAUUUCGUUUCAGGUGAUAGAUGAGCCCCAUGCUCCAGAUAUCAGAGUCACCAAUGGUCUGAUAGAGUUUCAGCAUGUCAACUUUUCAUAUAACCCGGAGUAAGUUUGUUUGAUUGUCUCUGAAUGAAACUGAUUUCCAGCAAAACUUUUUUUGUCAUCAUCCACCCUGCAUGCACUGAAAAAUUACCAAACUCCUUGUACCUUAUUCUCACUUAAUUUCGCGAGUGUUAAAUUGAAAUCUAAUCCUCGCGAAGAUUAAAAUCUUAUACAUAUCAAUAAAAGAAGUAUAACAUGGACAGAAUAAGGACCUCCAUAUGAUGUCUGCCAGAAUGUAGUGUUACAUGUAAUAUUUUACUGUCUCACUAUUUGCGACACCUAUUUAGCCCUUGCUUUGUUAUGUUUAGCCUGUUUUGUUUGUAAUUGUCUUUGUUUGCUGUUGUUUGCAAUAAAAUUAUUUAUUACUGUUUUGAGGUCAAAGAUACCUUUAAAAUCGCGAAAUUUAAUACACUCCAAUUCUACUUUUCCCUAAAAAUCGCGAAAUUAAUUCAGAAUAAGGUAAAUCGCCAUAAAGUUUGUACAUGUUGUUCGUUUUGUAGUUCAAAUGUAUAACAUUUAUUUUUGUGAAGUAACAUAGUAAAGUUGACAACAGUAGCUAACCUAUCGAGCGUUAUUUUUUCUUUUAUUUGGUAACUGUUAAUUGAACACCGUAUUUCACAGAAAACAGAUUCUAAAAGACUUGUGUUUCACUGUGUAUCCUGGUCAGACUGUGGCACUAGUUGGUCCUUCGGGAAGCGGAAAAAGCACCAUCAUCAGGUUGCUGUACAGAUUCUAUGAUCUGGACUCUGGCGUCAUUUCCAUUGAUGGACAAAACAUAGCAAAGGUAACUCGGCAACCCUUCUUACUCCUUUUACUCGUGAUAUAUAGAGAGCUUUAGAUUUGAGGACGUGGAUCACAACGAGUACGAGAUUUUCUCAAUACUAAGUAUUGCGCGCGCGUGAACCAGCGUCAUUUUGGCGGGAAAACAGGAUAGCCGUUGUUAUUCUACUAAGGAUUCAGCGAGAAUGUCGUAGUGGCGAGAGAAAGUUAUCAAAUGUAAGAAGUUUUAUAAGUUUGCUAUCGGAAGAGGGCUUAACCUCCUUCACUAUAAAUAACCGUACUAACUUUUUUGGUGAAAAACGUAAAAUGAAGCUUUCCGGGGUGUCUUUUUUUUUUUUUUAGAACACGCGCAAAAAACUUUAAGUUAUAAAAUCUCGUUCUCGUCCUCAAAUAUUAAGCUCUCUAAUGUCGUACAGACGGAAACAAGUUAUCAAAUGUUAGAAAUUUAUCAUUUUGCGAUCGGGAGAGGGUUUAACCUUCUUCAGUAACGAUAACACUGAAGACGCCCUUAGUUGUUAGCUCCGUUCAAUUGCAUGUUUUUAAUGAAUAUCUUGCGUUGGACUAGGUUGCCCAGAAGUCUCUGCGCAAGACGAUAGGCGUGGUUCCCCAGGACACAGUUCUGUUUAACAACGAUAUAAGGUAAUUCAUUAAAGGCGCGAAGCGAGCGAGGCUCACGCGCUCUACGCGUCUCCCGCAAGUCUCAUUCUUCCUUUUCUCCCUCGCUCGAGACCUUUCGCUCGACCGCUAGUGUGUUCUUGACGUACGCAAAAAUACGGACUGUUUUGCAUACUAACUACGGCCCCUUUAAAGGAACGCCAAUGUAUUUUACACCGUCAUGGAGAUUCCAACAUAGAUUGCAGCACUGCUGUUUUUAUACGUGAUGCAUUCUGCCUUUCAUAACCAGUCUCCUCCACUAACAUUGACGGCAUGUAUAUUAUCAGAAGCGUAUAACCCUGCUUCUGAUAUUAUCCGGCUAAUAUUUCCACUCCAUAAUAUUAAUGGUAGCUGUGGUUAUUCAUGUUAGGUAUAACAUCCGGUAUGGCAGGAUAGGUGCUGCAGAUAGUGACGUGGAGGAAGCUGCCUCGGCUGCAGACAUGCAUUCUAGAAUUCUGACCUUCCCGAACGGUAAGAGCACGUGUUAUAUAGCUGGAAAUGUUUUCCCAACAGCGCGCGCUCUCGUUGGUUACUUCGAGGUCACAUGACAUCUAACAAUGAAACUGUUUCCCGCCAAAAUCACCCAGAGGGUAACAGUGCGCUGUUACCCGCGAAUGUUGACCGACAACCGCCGUUACAGCGAGGUUUAAUGAAUUUUCAGCUCAAUAACAAGUCACUUUACGGCCUCUGGAAACAUUGAGAUUAACUGUUUCCCUCGGGAGCAGUGUUUAAUGUAAUUCUGCUUUUGCUGUAUUUCUCAAAUUUUGAAAUAACCUUGUCGUAUCUCUUUCCUCUGCAGAGGACUUUUUGGGGAGCUUAAGCAACAAUGACGACGACGGCUACGCAAACGUCGCUUAAAAAGUGAAUUCGCGCUGCCUCAAACUUUAUCGCGCUUAUUCCAUCUCGUGUAAUUCGUCAAAUGUUGCCAAGUUUUUCUGGAGUUGAAUUCUAAAGGACUGUAUCAGAGUUCAAGAAAAGAAAAAGAAAGUUGUUGCCUUGUGUUCCCGUCCUCGACAAAACGUGAAAUUAGGCACUUUCACGUUGUAGUCGUGCAACGACGGCUAAGAAAUGUACAAAAGAGCGUCGUCGUUGCUUAAGCUCCCUUUUGUGUCGUAGGAAGGAAAAAGAAACAAGAAAGCGAGCGGCGCAUGAUGGAAAGGGGAAAGAGAUCCCCGCGCGAUUUCUAUUUUUUUUUUUUUUGGCCUAUUUUUGGGAUACCCAGCGGGAACCUCUGCGGAGGAGCGAGGCGUCGUAUGGUUGGGAAGUUGGGCGCCCGAGGGGUGUCGGAAGGCCCCUAUUGUCACCAACAUUGUCUGAAUUUUAGGCUCUUCUAAGUAAACCUGCACCGAUAUUUGCCAACUACCUUUUUAGAGGAUUUAUUCGAAAGCACUCAUGGCGUGAUGGAAAUCUGUCAGCUGCUGAGAUCCUCGAAUGCAAAAUGGUCUGCAACGAUCAGCCUUACAAAGCAAGCAUUGCUUAAGAUAACAGCCCUGAAGUCUCAGCGGCAACCCCGCACAGAACCUGCCUGCGUUGCCUUGUCUUGUCUUAAGGUUAAACUUGCCUAAACAGCAUUUAGUCCCAUUAAAUGGAAAAUUCUUUAAUGGCAAUGACCCAGACAAGGUUUUAUGAGCCCGCAAGACUGAACAACCCACCCAAACCCUUGUUUUCACUAAAACAGCUGGACCCCAACCUGCUUGAAGUCAUUGUUAUCUAAGGUCUUCCCGUUAAAUAAUGUGAAUUGAGAGCUUUAGAUUCUAAGACGAGGACGACUUCGAGUACGAGAUUUUCUCAAUACUAAGUAGUGCUCGCGCGUGAGCCAGCAUCAUUUGGGCGGGAAAAAGUGGUAGCCGUCGUCAUGCUACUGUCCAUUAAUCUGUCCAUGCUACUACGAAUUUUUACGAGAAUGUCGUAGUGGCGAGAACAAGUAAUGAAAUGUUAGAAGAUUUAUCACUUUGGGAUCAGAGAGGGCUUAACCUUCUUCAAAAACGACAACAGUGACAACUUUUUUGGUGGACAAAAAUACGAUACCGGAGUUUGUAUUUUUUGAGAACACGCAAAAGACUUAAAAUCACAUCUCCUAGUCGUAGUCGUUCUCGUGCUCGAAUCUAAAGGUCUCUAAAAUAUGAGCGUGAGGGGAAGGAAUAGGGGCGCUUAUUUGGAUAAGGUUGCGUAUUUGAGGAAGUACGGUUAUCCGUGUAUGAAUAUUUCUUAUUUCAUCUCUCCUGUCCCAGGAUAUGAAACGGUCGUUGGUGAACGUGGUUUGAAGCUGAGUGGAGGCGAGAAGCAGCGAGUGGCAAUAGCGAGAACUUUGUUGAAGAAUCCGCCGCUUGUUCUCUUAGAUGAGGUAAUGAACGACUAAGACGACGAGAUUUGACUUCAAUUUUUCGCGUAUUCUAAGUAGAAAGUAGACGCAGUAGGAAAACUUCACAGAAGAGUUGACACGGUCAUCUUUAUUGACGGAGGUUAAGCCCUCUGCUUGUUGCAAGAUGAUAAGUGAUAAAACUUUGAACAGUCAAUAACUUAUUUUUGUCACUACCAAAUUUUUAGCUAAAUCUGUAAAACCAAAACCAUGGGGGCUGAAUCGCGUUUUGCUACCUAAAGUUGUUUUGUCUCGAUAUUUUUGACCAACUAGUUGGAUAUUACUAAAAUAAUUAUUCCUCUCGCCCUCAUGGCGUCUGAGUCAAUGGUCCAUUCGGGCUCGAGGAACAACUGUUAAAUAGUAUGCACAUUGAUUGGUUUUGAGAAAAACCUUUUUAAAAAAGCCCAAUGAACUGUUCAAAGUGACCAGUUGAGCCGGCUGGUUCUGAUUUUUUAUAAACAACUUUAGUCUUCAGAAAUUUCAGAAAAAAGGAUGAACUACCCCCGUAUAUAAAACCGACACUGGGUUAGACAUUCAAGGAGAGAUUUUUUUUCCACGUAUCAUAACUCUGUUUUUUCCAUGCGUGUAUUAAGUGACUUAUUGUUGUUCUAUCGCUUUAGGCCACUUCUGCCCUGGACACGCAAACUGAGCGUAAUAUUCAAGCUUCACUAAACAACAUGUGUAUCAACAGAACUACCAUUGUCGUCGCUCACAGGUAAAUAACGUAGCAGUGAAGUUUUACUUCGUUCACGCUUGAUUAUUGAUUACAAGUCCUCAGUGCGAUGAGACCACUACUACAAAUCCUAUAUUUUUAAACAUAAUGCCUCGUGUGCAAGAAAAAGUACGGGACAGGUCGGAUAAAGGUUAUCCGCCCUCGUGCGGGAAGUGUGUACAGGUGCAUAAAAAGCACUGGCAAACACGUGCGAGCAAGCUAUAGCUUUCUAAUUUAUUAAACUCUGACCUGCUUGACAAUGUUGUGCGAGAUUUUUAAUCGCAAAGGGUGAUGUGUGAACUCCAAGGAGCCAAUUGUCGGAGAGUCAUUUACAAUCCUCUUUCUGUAACAAUUGUAGGUUAUCCACAAUUAUAAACGCGGAUCAGAUUCUGGUCGUCCAAGAUGGCGAAAUAAUUGAACGCGGAAGGUAAUUUGAUUUUGCUUGCUCUUAGAACCUGGUAAAUGACUGACUUGUUGACUUUUGAGUAACUGGAUGACUCGUCGACAGUCGUCUCUCACAACCUCUCCCUAGUGGCGCGCAGGGUGUGAUGGAAAGAGUGAAGACGACUGGGGACGAGUCAGGGAUCCAGUGGUGAUCAUGGCAUUGUUGUACUGAUGUCAUGUGACUUUGAAGAGCAAAGCCGGAGUCCAUAAUUUAAAGGGGCUAUGCCACGAAGAUAUUUUUGUUUUAAGUCAAUUCAGUGCUGAAAUCAUCACUCUGUGCCUUUACCCAAACACAAAAUUUUCUUGUGGAGUUAUGACGAAGGUAUCAAACAAAUUUCAUCAGGGAGCGCUAACCAUAAUAACUUGUCGGUGAUUGUUACAGACAUAGAAUUAAAGCUUUAAAAAGUUGGCCCGACUUUUUCAAGUUUAAUCCAUGUCCAUCCUUGCCAUCCUUUGCAAGACACGACAGGAAACAGUUUUAAUGCUUAAAUAUAGUCUUAAAUAACAAAACUGGACCAUUAUUUUUUGGAAUUCAAGUGAUGCGAAGAACGUUUUGACUUUUUAAAAAGACAGCAAAUAGCGUGAUAUAGGCCCUUUUGAGUCAUUCCCAUUUCACACUUGUUAAGUCGAGCUACUGAAAAUAAAAUUAGGCGAUUAACUACCUUCUGUGUGUGGGUAGGGAGCUAGAGUAGCGCCGCCAUGAAGGCUGUAGGAAAGAGAAAAUCUUAAAACAAAAUCUUACUUUUCAACUUUGGAUAACCUUUACUAGCUCUUGGCUAAAGCCUCUCUAAUGAGUUGCUUAUGCUUUGAGGUGUCCCUCUCCCUUGUGAUCUUGACCAAUAUUGAGAACUCGGUUGAAGGCAUUUACCUCUCUCCUUUACUCAUUUUAUUUUUAUCAUUUUACGCUCGGUGAACUGAAAGAUGGUUUACACGGGCGGCGUUUUAGACGCGAUUUCAAAUCGCCCGUGAAAACUGGAGUAGGGUUCUUGAAAUCGCCGUUUCUUUGAAACUGCUCGUGUUUCGAUACAAGAUAUCGGCGAUUUUCUCGCGAUUGUUUCACCGUAUUAGCCCCUGCUGUAACCACUGCAUAAAGCCGAACGGAAAAUCGCCAUGCAAUCGCGGCGCUGAAAUUGCAAAAAAAAAAUUUCUGUGUGAAGGGGCCAUUAGUGAAAGUAGGGGCUCUUCUUGUGAUGAUUUUGCUAAGCGAAGCAAAAGACUGAGAGUAGAAAAGACGCGGCUUCUUGAUGUUUAUCUUUUUAACGGCAGACACGAUGAGCUGGUGUCAGACGGUGGGGUGUACGCUAACAUGUGGCUGCAACAACAGAAAGCGGAAAAGAAUGAGAAGGAAGGAGGCAUCACAGACAGCGGGGAGGAGUCCAGAGACGAAUAGGGAUUCCGAAGUUAAAAUAAUGAUAGAGUGUAUGAGAGAAUUGACGAGUUAAUAACGAGCACUUCAGGAGAGCUAUACUCAUCGCCAUCCACCUGAGUGAUGCAGCAAAGCUAAAUGUUAGAACUACUUUGAACAGCAUUAUGAACAUGACCACAGGAAAAUACUGCUUAGUAGACAUAGGCUAAGGGGAGUCAUAGACCUAGUGUAUACAGUCAACUCUCGCCUUGCGGACACCUCGCUAUAACGAACACCCCAAUAAUACGGACAGCAGAUAAAUUCCGGGCAAAAAUAAAUUACAGACAUUUGACUGAAAUAAACUCCCGCUAUUACGGACUCUCGCUACAGAGGACACUAACUUAAGGUCCCUACAGUGUCUGCUAUAAAGGGAGUUGACUGUAUCAGUCUAGAUUUAACCCUUUAAGCCCCAAUAUCCACAAGCAAAUUCUCCAAACUGAUCUCUAUACAUUUCUUUAAAGAAUAAGUUGAGAGAAUUUGAGAAAAGAUCAAAGCAUUUUCUCUUUGGUGAUCAUUUAAUUAAUUCUCAUAACCUAAUCUCUUGACAUCGUGUGGAUAUCGUUAGGAGAAAAUUGAUGUUGGUCACUGUUGGGACUCAAAGGGUUAAGAGUAGCAAGGUCGGGCAGCGUUGUGGUCACUGUUGUCUCUGUUAACUUAUUUAAAUUUAUUUAAAACUGUGUAAAUUUAAUGUAGUGAAGUGGUGAUGUAUUAUCUUUGAAACUGUAAUUAUUUUGAUGUUCAAACGUCAAUUGAUAUUUUGGGUAACGUUUCUGCACUGCUCCACUCAUUUACAGACUCGUACCCGGUCGCUAUUUAAGUGUUUUUUAGAGUGAGAGAAGAUUGGGAAUCAGGUUGAGGUGCGCGCGGGGUCUCAUGGGAAGGGAAGAAGUAAAAAUAGCUAUUUUUCCUUCUUCCUUGACGCAUUUAUUAUACGUGCAAGUUUCUGGUCCGUUCUUAGUACCUUAUUUAUCUGAAAAUGACCAUUUUCGAAUCCCACCAAAUACACUCUGUUCGCCCCCAAGGCCCUGUCCACACUACCACGUUGUCCUCGAAACGCAUCGAUCGAUUCUCGUCCACACUACCGUUUUAAUGCGUUUUCUACUGUCCUCACUCGAACGUCAGAAAACGCGCCUGUGAUAUUUUCGGUCACCGUUUUCAUUUCGAUACGUUUUCUAUCGUCCACACUAUUACAAAUGUGUGCGUUUUCGUUUUGAUCACUUUCAAGAGCGUUUUCAAAUUGAUUCGUUUCAAACGGAAACACAUUAGUACAUUGUGUUCAAAUUUUAUACAAAACUUUGUUCGGGGGAGCGGGGUGGGGGCAAACAGAGUGUAUUAUGGGAAUUCGAAAAUAGAGAAUACGCACCGUGAUUUUUAGGGAGUUAUAAUAACUCCAAAAAUGGAGUUAAAAUUUUAGGUACCGGAUAAUCCCUUUGGGGGGUUACUUCAACUCAUAAUUUAACUCCGAAUUUGGGGUCAUUUUUACUCCUGAAAAAGAGUUGUUUUUACUCCCAGUCUGGAGUUAAAAUAACUCCGAAAUGGGGUUAUUUUUACUCCUUACAUGGGUUGUUUUUACUCCUUUUGGAGUUCAUUUAACUCUGAAAUUGGAGUAAAAAUUUUAGGUACAGGAUAACUCCUUUUUUGAAGUUAUUUUAACUCCUCCUCAAUAUCUGGGGUCACUUUUAUCCUGAAAAAGAGUUCUUUAAACUCCUUUUUGGAGUUAAAAUAACUCCCCAAAAAAUAACUCCACUGUAAGGAGUUAAAUUAGCCCCACUAGAGGAGUUGUUAUAAGUCCUAGAAAAUUACUGUGCGCCACUUGCACAUCUCCCAUAAUGCACUGUAUUUCCCUCCCAAAAUUUUGCACAAGCAUUAUUUUCAAUUUCUCUUGGGACGGCUGUAAUGCCCAGGAGAAAUG